GUUGGAACCGUGACCCCCUUGGUUUUCGACCCCCUUCCCAAAACUGGGCUCGGCUACACAAAAACCAGCCAUGGCCGCGCCAGAGACCGUCGACACCUUCCAGCAUCAGUUCGAGUUCGUUUAUGAGGAGGUUCCUGUGGCUCUCUAUCGAUGCACUGAGACUGGAUUGCGAGUGGCGGCCGCGCAGGUCAAGUCGCCGACCGUGCAUGGUUACUUUACGGUGCAAACGGAAGCCUUUGACGAUUUCGGAUGCCCACACACUUUGGAACAUUUGAUCUUCCUUGGCAGCGAGCAGUACCCCUUCAAAGGUGUCCUGGAUGUUUUAGCCAACCGCUGCUUGGCUCAGGGCACCAACGCGUGGACGGCGACAGAUCACACUUGCUACACAGUGGACACGGCCGGAGCGGAGGGCUUCCUCCGGUUGCUGCCGGUCUACUUGGAUCACGUGCUAUUCCCCACUUUGAAGGACAGCGGCUUCGUCACUGAAGUGCAUCACAUCACUGGGGAGGGCGUCGAUGCGGGAGUGGUCUACUGCGAGAUGCAAGCAAGGGAGAAUGAGGCUGGAGACAUGUGCGACCGUGCCAUGCGCCUGGCAGCCUAUCCAGGCCGCUGUGGCUACAAAUCCGAGACCGGAGGACGCCUCAAGGAGUUACGCGAGUUGACCAACGCCACGGUGCGAGACUACCACAAGUCUUACUACAGGCCGGACAAUUUUUGCGUGAUUGUCACUGGACAGGUGCCAUGGCUGGGGUUGUUGAAGGCCUGCGCACCCACUGUGGCCAGCAUCAAGAAGAGCCACUUCAAAGGGCUUCCGGCCAUGGAGAGGCCCUUCUCCAGCGCUGUGCCUGGUGUUAGCCAGCAGCAGGAAGUGAGGAUGACCUUUCCUGCAGAAGAUGAAAGCACAGGAGCGAUCUGCGAGCUUUGCUGGCACGGCCCAGGAUGGUCUGACUUGGAGAAUGUGGUCGCUUUGAAGGUCUUGCUGGCGUACCUAUGUGAAGAUUCCAUCUCACCGCUGCGGAAGGCACUGGUGGAGACCGUGCCACCGUUGUGCGGGAAGAUCUCCGAAGGUUUGCACGAGUACAAGACUCAGCUCAUUAACAUCACCUUAAAGAGCUGCGACGUGGAACAGCUCCAGAAGAGAGACGUCACCUCUGAGGUGCAAGCAGUCUUCAAGUGCACGGCGAAGGCAGAGGGCAUCGACCUGCCGCGCUUGAAGAGUGUGAUCCGGCAGAAGCAGCGGCAGCAUUUGAGUGCCGUGGAGUCCAAUCCCCAUGACUUGUUCAGUGGGGAGAUCAUUGGGGCCUUCCUCUAUGCGGAGGAGUUUGCCUCCACCAGUGCCAGUGGAGCCAGCGGAGCUUCGGUGAAAGCACGACUGGACGCGCCAGCCACACUGGAGAAGCUGCUGAGCUGGUCUGAGGAGAAGUGGGCCACGCUCUGCCAAUGCUUCCUGUGCGCACCCGGCGUCACCGUGGUGGGUUGUCCCUCCAAGGCCACAGGCGAAGAGAUUCAAGCGGAAGAUGCAGCCCGCCUUGAACAGCAAAAGAAAACCCUCGGCGAGGAGGGCAUGAAGAAGGCUGGUGAAGAGCUCGCAGCCGCGGAGGAUGAGAACGAAGUUGAAACCCCGGAGGAAGUCUCGGCACAGUUUCAGGUGCCAGAUGUGAGUCGAGUUCAGCUCAUCGAUGUGUCCACAGUCACGGUGAAGAACGGUGUGCCAAGCGCAGUCUUUGGGAAGGACUCCACGCGACUCAAGGAGGUGGUUGCAAAAGCUGCAGCGCUGGGAAUGCCUGGAUUGAACUUUCAUUUCGACCACGUGGCAGGUGCUCAGUUCAUCUCGUGCCACUUGAUGGUCCCUUUGACGUCCCUGACGAUGCGGCAGCUGGAGCUCAUGCCAUUGUGGUGCGAUACGGCCUUUGAACUGCCCAUGGUCUCCAGCCCAUUGGGAGAGGCUCUGAGUCACGAGGCGGUCGUUCAAUUGUUGACAGACACGGUCGUGCACCGGAGUUUCAACGUGGGCGUCGGUGGAGGUCGCUUUCGUGCCGGGGCCGCGGCCAACAUGCUGCACAUCUCCAUGAAGGUGGAGCGAGCACAGUAUGAGAAAGCACCCUGGCUCAUUGCUCGUCUUCUGGCCGAUGUUGAGUUCUCGGUGGACCGGCUACAAGUCGCCCUGAAACGGAUGCUCAACGACGUCCCCAACAGCAAGCGCAACGGCAAGGGCCUCAUGCGCUUGGCCAUGUCGGCCUUCGACUACAGCGACAGCUGUGCACAUGGCGCCUUCAACGUCUUCCGGGUGGAGAAACUGCUGAAGGGCUUGGAGGACGCAGGAAACGCUGCGCCCUUGGGCGCGUGCGCGAGCGAGCUCGCUGGGGUGCGGACGGCGCUAUUGGCGCCUGGUGCGCUGGCGUAUGUUUCAGGAGACAUUGCAGCUUUGGAGACUGGAAUCUUCAAGCCGUGGUGCCACCAACCCUUCAUGGCUGCAGGCGGCGGAGGCUACAAAAGCGCGCCAGCGACCCCACUGCCCGCCCUUCGUCGGGAGCUCUAUGCCGCGGACGCCUUGCGGCCGCCCGAGGGGUCCACUUACGGCUGCUUCCUCUCCAGCACCGCCGAGGAAUCGAAUUACUGGCUGGUCCAAUGUGAUUCAUUCACAGACCCCAGAUCACCAGAACUUGCUCCUUUGCUGGUGGCCAUCGAAUACAUCACAGCCUUGGAGGGACCAUUUUGGCGGAAGAUCCGCGGCAAAGGUCAUGCGUACAGUUAUGGUAUCAACCAUGACUUGGAAGCUGGAAAGCUGACAUUCUCGCUCUACAAGGCCACGAACCCCGUGGCCGCCUACGAAGCUGCGGGCGCCAUCAUCGAGCAGUUGUGCUCCGAAGGCUCUGAUGCACCCAUGGCAGAUGAAGGCGAGGGCGAAGAUGAGGAUGAGGAAGGCCUUGACCCUUACGCUCUGGAAGCAGCACAAAGCGGAGUGCUGUUUGGAUUGAUCGAGCCGGUCGACACUGUGCCAGGUGCGAUGGGCGAGGCCUUCUCAAUGAUGCUAACCCGAUCGCCACCAGAUCAAUUGCAAUGGCUCUUGCGUGCGGUGCAGAGAGUCACAGAGGAUUCUGUGAGAGCUGCCAUGCAGAAGCACAUCGCCCCUCUUUUUACAGGAAGCAGCGGUCGAACAGUGUCCAUGGUGGGCCCCAGCAAAAAACGAGCAGAGCUCGAGGAAUCCAUUCAGAAAUUGGAGCCCCCGUUCAAGGUCGUUCAUUUGGACGUGGAGAGCUUCGUCAACACGUUGGCGAACGGCGCCAGCGGCUUUGCAGAUCUGAGACGCAAAGUGCGGCCAGGUACAGGUUGACUGGAACAACAUAAAUGACAUCAAUAAAAAUCCAUAAA